AUGGCCGACUUGGAGGCUGUGCUCGCCGAUGUGAGCUACUUAAUGGCAAUGGAGAAAAGUAAAUCUACUCCGGCGGCUCGAGCCAGCAAGAAGAUCAUCCUACCUGAGCCGAGCAUCCGCAGUGUUAUGCAGAAAUACUUGGAGGAUCGGGGUGAAGUCACCUUUGACAAGAUAUUUUCUCAAAAGAUUGGGUUCCUCCUAUUCCGAGAUUUUUGCUUGAAUCAAGUAGAGGAGGCCAAACCACUGGUGGAAUUCUAUGAAGAGAUCAAAAAAUAUGAGAAGUUGGAUUCUGAUGAGGAUCGAGCAAUUAAGAGCCGCCAGAUCUUUGACAUGUACAUCAUGAAGGAACUGUUGUCCUGCUCUCACCCCUUCUCAAAAACAGCCACAGAGUAUGUGCAAACCCGUCUGAGCAAAAAGCAAGUGCUGCCUGACCUGUUUCAGCCGUACAUUGAAGAGAUCUGCCAACGUCUGUGUGGGUCUGUCUUCCAGAAGUUCAUUGAGAGUGACAAAUUCACACGCUUCUGCCAGUGGAAGAAUGUGGAGCUGAACAUCCAUCUGACCAUGAAUGACUUCAGUGUCCAUAGGAUCAUCGGACGCGGUGGAUUUGGAGAGGUCUACGGCUGCCGGAAAGCAGACACGGGCAAAAUGUACGCCAUGAAGUGUCUAGAUAAGAAGCGUAUUAAGAUGAAGCAGGGGGAGACAUUGGCCCUGAAUGAACGCAUCAUGCUGUCUCUUGUCAGCACUGGGGAUUGCCCCUUCAUCGUGUGUAUGUCAUAUGCCUUCCAAACACCCGACAAGCUCAGCUUCAUCCUGGACCUCAUGAAUGGGGGUGAUCUACAUUAUCAUCUUUCCCAGCAUGGGGUCUUCUCGGAGACAGAGAUGCGUUUCUAUGCAGCAGAGAUCAUCCUGGGUCUGGAACAUAUGCACAAUCGCUUUGUGGUUUAUCGUGACCUCAAGCCAGCCAACAUCUUGCUAGAUGAAUUUGGCCAUGUCCGCAUCUCAGAUUUGGGACUCGCCUGUGACUUCUCCAAGAAGAAGCCUCAUGCCAGUGUUGGCACACAUGGGUACAUGGCACCAGAGGUUUUGCAGAAAGGCGUGGCCUAUGAUAGCAGUGCCGAUUGGUUCUCUUUAGGCUGCAUGCUCUUCAAGCUUCUGAGGGGAAACAUAUGCAAGCACAGGAUAGAAGUGAAAGCUGUGGAGCUGCCAGACUCCUUUUCACCUGAGCUACGUUCUUUGCUGGAGGGACUGUUACAGAGAGAUGUCAACCGUCGGCUGGGCUGCAUGGGUCGUGGAUCGCUUGAAAUAAAGGAGAAUCCAUUUUUCCAGGGUGUGGACUGGCAGAUGGUUUUUCUCCAGAAGUAUCCUCCACCCUUGAUUCCACCACGUGGGGAGGUAAAUGCAGCAGAUGCUUUUGACAUUGGCUCAUUUGAUGAAGAAGACACCAAAGGAAUUAAGCUAUUGGAUAGUGACCAGGAGCUGUAUCGCAACUUUCCGCUCACCAUCUCAGAGCGCUGGCAGCAGGAGGUGACGGAGACUGUAUUUGAUACAGUCAAUGCUGAGACUGACAAGCUGGAGGCCCGCAAAAGAGCAAAGAACAAGCAGUUGGGCCAUGAGGAAGAUUAUGCCUUGGGCAAAGACUGCAUCAUGCAUGGCUAUAUGUCAAAACUGGGGAACCCUUUCCUUACUCAGUGGCAGAGGCGAUACUUCUACCUCUUCCCAAAUCGUUUGGAAUGGCGUGGAGAGGGAGAAUCUCCGCAGUCCCUGCUCACUAUGGAAGAGAUCCAGUCAGUGGAGGAGACACAGAUAAAAGAUCGAAAAUGCAUUCUGCUUAAGAUCCGGGGAGGCAAGCAAUUUGUUUUGCAGUGUGAUAGUGAUCCUGAGUUGGUGCAAUGGAAGAAGGAGCUGCGUGAUGCCUAUCAAGAAGCUCAACAGCUGCUGCAGAGGGUACCCAAAAUGAAACAUAAGCCACGCUCUCCAGUGGUAGAGCUAAGCAAGGUCCCACUGAUUCAGCGCAGCAGCAGUAGUACCAAUGGCCUCUGACCUUCCUUGACACCGUUUCCCAUCCUUAAUUUAUUCAGCUGGAUUUGCCCACCAUUCCUACCCAUUCUCCUGUCUCUUCUUGCUGAUCAUUGUGACGUCCACCCAACCCCCAGGGAUAUAAUGAGGGGGUGGGGUAUUCAGAAAUCAUGGGACAGGUUCCCUCCUCCCCUAUCCCCUCUGCACAUGGGGAUCAAUACCCAUUCCAGGGGUAGGAGUCUGAUAAGGUGGAUAAGAGUCAACUCAUUCCUUAAUGAACAAGGCUGAAAUUAAGGCCUUGCCCCUAAAUAGGACCAACAGAAGGAAAUGUGAAGUGUGCCAGGCAUCUUGAGCAGUUCCUUCCUACUUUCUCAACUGUGGUGCCAGAUGUGUGUCAAAGUAUACAUGAGGAAUACCACAGAUCCUGCCUAGCUUGGGCCUUGUUGACAUGGCAUUUUGGGAAUGUACAUUGUCUUAAAAUAAGUCCUCUUAACGCUAGCAGAGAUGAGGAGAAAUUCCGCAAGACAAUCUGAAAUUCAGACCCAUUACCUUCCCAUACCAAGCUCCGACAAGGGUUCUAUGGCAGAUCCUGAAGAAAUCUAUUCUAGUUCUUGCCAGAGAGAUUUGAAGGAUGCAUUUUCAAUGCAUUUCCGAAAAGUGUUGGGUAGGUGGCCAUUGCUAAGCAUAAGCAUCUCUUUCAGGAUUGGCUGGGGUUCCACUCCAGGCUGGGAAUGAGGUCUGGCCUUUAAACAAUUACACAGUAAUAGAAAUUCCUAAUAAAAUCUAGUCCUGUUCUUUCCCAGUGUUCUGUCCAGGUCCUUAACCCUUAUUAUUAUCUUCUCGUCCUAUUGUUCGCCAUUCCAAAAUCUGAUAUUUCCAACCCAGGACAGCAGCUGCUUCUUCAGCAGCAGCCUUAGGAACUGAAAUCCUUCGCUAUUCCAGGCCUGAACAGGCAUUCUCAAUCAACAGUGCCAAAUUUCAAGUGGUCUUGUGCCUGUUUCUGUUAGCCUAGCGAAGAUGAAGUUGUGCUCCCUGUGACCCCAACGACAGAUCUCUUGCCCAGAAUAUAUUAAGAGCCUCCAACUCUUUUCUCUGAAGUCAGGUGAGAAUUGCCCCUAUUUCUGCUGUCUCCACUGUCAAAGGCUAGGCUGCUUUGCUGUGGGCAGAGGCAGGGGCAGCGGGUUUCAUGCCAAAAGUGAUUUGGAGCUGCCUGAGCCUCAUUUCGGGGCCUCUUGAGGCUGGAGCUGGACUGCAGUAGCUGAAAACAGCCUGAUCAAGGCUUCGUGCCAACUCCCAAGUGUCUGAAGGAUUCUGUAAAUAAAUUUGUGCCAAGGGGCCAGGUUGGGUUUGAAAAGCUAAGCCUGCUCGUCUCCUCCCUCCCAGUAUGCCUUGUAUAAAACAGUGUUCCCUUUCAAGCCCCCACCC